AUGCCAUCUGUAGUCGUUUUUGGCGCAACCGGCUUUGUCGGCGCACCCUACGUAAGGGCUCUCAAGCAAGCACAUCCGGAUUGGCCUGUAACCGCCUAUGUACGCAGCUCUAAGCCGGAGGCCGAACUCAAAGCCAGCCUCGGAGCAGACAACAUCAUUGUGGGCGACUUCAGCGACGCUGAGAAGAUCAAAAAGAUCAGCAAAGAGAAUGACAUCGUCGUCAAUGCCGGCAACUCUUUCACCGAAGAUCCCGUUGCUGCGAUUAUCGCGGGUCAAAAAGAAAAGAAUCCCGCCACGAAGGGUAAACUGAUUCAUAUCAGCGGUGCCGGUAACUUCAUUGAUUUCGGAACCUCUGGCAAGUUCAACUCGGAAAGCAAAGUCUGGAACGAUGCGAAGGAAGAGGACAUCAAGGCUAUUCACAAAGAAAUGUUCAAUGGCCAGUCCGAUGUCCCCGUGCUUGAAGCUGGUAGCGAUAUUGAUACAUACAUUGUCUGCCCUUCCGUUGUCUAUGGAGGCGCCUCCAUUUCAGCACCCACUAAGGGCAUUGGCUACAUGCUGCUCACCAGCAAUGCCAAACCCCUAGGUUAUGUCCCGUAUGUUGGGGACGGCACCGCCGUACUGAGCACUUGCCACGUUCUCGACCUAGUCGAUUUCCUCAUCAAAAUCACCGAACGUGCUGCGGAGGGACCUGCCGAAGGCACGGCAUACAGCCGAUACUACAUGCUCGAGACGAGUAGGGUCCAGUGGAAGGAUAUGGCGACCGAGCUGGCGAAAGUGAUGCACGCGAGGGGUCUACUUCCAAGCUCUGAGCCGAAAGCAGUACCUUUUGAAGAGGCUGGAGAAGGGGAGGUCAAGCACCUCGUGGCCGCGAAUAUGCUUAUCAAAGGCGACCGCGCUGCUGCACUGGGUUUCAAAGCAAAGCAGCCCAGCAUCCUUGCUCAGAUCCACGAAGAUCUCAAGGAAGUGCCGAUAUAG